CCGUGUAUAAGAAUAUAGGACGGCAGGAGCGAUCAACAGUGGUAUGUCGCUGUUGGCAAAUAUGAACUACGAAGCAACUCGUAACACUGUCGGUCACAAGCCGAUCCAGGCUGUGUGACUGGAGUACAACUCCCAUGAUAAGGACAUGAAGCUGCUUUCACCAUGAUCUGUGGAGGUGACGCAAAGGUUGAGGACAUCUCACCAAUUCUUGAUGUUCACAAAAUUAUCCAGGAUUGGGCCUGGAAUCAGUUCAUAAAGGAUGCGGGCUGUUUCAGAAAGCUUUUUAUCAGAAGAAAAGACUUCAUCGUUGACGUCCAAAUGAACUUCUAUCAGUUUGAAGAUUCUAAAGCUGAGCUCAAACCUAGGGAUAGCGGGUCUGAAUCGAAUCCAUCUUCCAACGCGGGAGAGCAUAUGCCCAACACAUCAAUACUCUCUACUGAUUAUCAUAAUGAUACUGAUAUGGACCAGGUUUACAAGUUCAGAAUGGAACGGGCAAGGAAGGCAUGUAUGACAGUGACAUUCCAGAAAGGAUUUACAAUUGGUGGGUCGGCAAACUUUUCUAUUGGCGUUGUCGAUGGUAACCUUGAAACGUCACUUCAGAUAACAAAAACAACUGAACAAACAUUUGAGGAAACACUGACGUUUGAAACCAACAGCGAUAUUAAUGUCAAAGCUAACACAAACUGUGUGGCACAGGUGGUCUUCACGGAGAGGGAAAUGUGUCGAAGGUUCACAGUUGACACCAUCAUGAGAAUGCCAUCAGGCAAAGCCCCAGUGUACAUAAGAAGGAGGAAGGAUCAGAAGGUAGUGAUGUCUUUCAAGAUUCAGGAUCUAAGACAUAUUUUUCAUAAGUAUAAAGAGGAGAAGGAUGAAGAGAGGAGAGUGGAGUUUGUGAGGGAGACAAUCAUACUGAACGAGAAGGAGUACAACAAUUAUGCAAUCAAGCUGACAACGAGAGGGAUCAUUGAAGGAAUGAGGUUGUCGGGUCAGACUGUGAAGCUCCAUUCUAAAGAGAUAGAGUCCAAGAGCAAACAAAAGAAGCAGACUGACAAAAAGGUUCUGGAAGAGCACUUGACACGACAACUGGAAAUGUAAGGAUGUAGGACCAGUAAAUGACAAUGACAAAGUGCAUACUUCUGUUAUGUCGAGGCGUGUCAGCUAGAUGUUGGAUGAAAGUGAUUCGGGCUUCAGAACAUUCUGCAGGAAGAAUAACUUAGGUUGUUCUGUUGAGAAUGGUAUUCCUCUUUAUCUCUAUGUAUGAAUCCAUAAGUAAACAUUCUUAAACAAUCAUGUUUGUAUAAGAACUCAUAAAACAUAUAUAUUUGUUGGCA